CGCUGAUUCCCACGGAACUUGCAGUUAUGAAUCCGAUGAGUGGGCCAGCAGGGGCGCCUGCUAUCUGGCAGGAAGCCCGCAAUAGUGAUGGGCGGGUUUACUAUUACAAUGUCCAAACCAAGGCGACGCAGUGGACGAAACCCGUUGAAUUGAUGACACCUGUUGAGAGGGCGUUGUCGAAUCAGCCAUGGAAAGAGUACACGGCCGAAGGUGGGCGGAAAUACUGGUAUCACACGGAAUCGAAGCAAAGCACCUGGGAAAUGCCCGAAGUUUACAAGACUGCUUUGGCGCAGAUUCCAGCUCCCCAAGCGCCAGCUGCUGCGGCCCCAACGUUUGUCGCCGGUGGUGUAAGCUCGUUUUCGUCCUUCCCUCCGCAACGUGAACGUGAACGCGAAGACUACGACCGAGGUUCCGGCGAUCGGCGUGGCUAUGGCUCGAUGGACACGAACGGGAUGUCGACUGCUCCGAUGCUGGGCACGGCGCAAUCGGAGCCGGAGUAUGGGUCAUUCGAGGAGGCGGAAAGCGCAUUCAUGAAGAUGCUCAAACGCCACAACGUGCAGCCCGAGUGGACCUGGGAGCAGACCAUGCGCGAAACGAUCAAAGACCCCCAGUAUCGCGCGUUGAAGGACCCCAGAGAUCGCAAGAUAGCCUUUGAGAAGUAUGCGGUCGAGGUUCGCAUGCAGGAAAAGGACCGGGCGAAAGAACGCUUCGCUAAGCUCAGGGCAGAUUUCAAUACCAUGCUGAGACGGCAUCCUGAGAUCAAGCAUUACAGCCGCUGGAAGACCAUCCGCCCGAUCAUCGAAGGCGAGACGACGUUCCGGGCUACCAACGACGAUCAUGAGAGGCGGCAGCUGUUCGAAGAAUACAUCCUGGAACUCAAGAAGGAGCACGCGGAGCAGGAAUCCGCCAAGCGCAAGGCGGCAGUGGAAGAGCUGACCACUAUCCUGGGCUCGCUCAACCUCGAGCCUUACACGCGCUGGUCUGAGGCGCAUGCAAUCAUCCAGUCCAAUGACAGGGUGCAGGGGGAUGAUCUGUUCAAGGCUCUCACCAAGUGUGAUAUCUUGACUGCGUUUGAGAACCACAUCAAGUCCCUGGAACGGACGUUCAACGAGGCCCGCCAGCAGCAGAAGACGGCCAAGGCAAGAAAGGAGCGUCAUGCUCGUGAGCAAUUCAUCGAACUGUUGAAAGAGCUCCGGUCCCAGGGCAAGAUCAAGGCUGGAUGCAAGUGGAUGAACAUCUACCCUAUCAUCCAUGAAGACUCCCGAUAUAUCGGUAUCCUCGGCAACUCUGGAUCAUCUCCCAUGGACCUCUUCUGGGACAUGGUCGAGGAGGAGGAACGGUCACUGCGUGGGCCUCGGAAUGACGUCUUGGAUGUUCUCGAUGACAAACGCUACGAGGUCACUCCCAAGACCACCUUUGAGGAGUUCCACGAGAUCGUUGCUGCAGACCGCCGCACAGCGAACAUUGACCCCGAGAUCCUCCAUCUUCUGUUCCAGCGCAUUCAAGAGAAGGCGGCUCGGAGAAGCGAGGAGGAAAAGCAUGCCGCCGACCGGCACCAGCGACGCGCGAUUGACGCCCUGCGUUCCCGGAUCAAGAGGCUGGACCCGCCUGUCCGGUCUUCAGACACCUGGGAGACGGUGCGGCCCCGGGUCGAAAAAUACGAGGAAUACAAAGCCCUCGAAACCGACGAACUCCGGCAGACGGCCUUUGACAAGGUCCUCCGCCGUCUCCGGGAGAAGGACGAAGAUGCCGAUCGCGAGCGCGAGCGCGAGCCGCGUGACCGAGACCGCGGCAGCCGUCGGGACUACGAUCGGGGCGACCGCGACCAUCGCUCGCAUCGCGGCGAACGACGGGGGCCACCGAGCCGCGUCAGCCGUACUCCGGAACCGGACGCGUACGAGGCAGACCGCCGCAAGGCCCAGGCGGAUCGCGAACGAUCCUACCGCAAAGUCAGCAAUGCUCUGUCCCCAGUGCAAGAGAGGCGGGAGGAUCGUGAUCGCGAUCGGGAACGCCACCGGGAGCGGGACCGUGAGCGCGAGCGCGACCGCGACUGGGAUCGGGAGCGGAGCACCCGCUCUCUCAGCCACUACGACCGCGACCGCCGGGACCGGGAAGACGAGCGGGAGCGACUGUAUCGCGCGCGCGCUGACCCGCGCGGCAGUCGGGACGAGCUCGACUACGGAGGCGACUCGCGCAGCACCGUCAGCAACGACCGGCGACGCCGGCGUGAUAGUGACGCGGAGAGCGUGGCCAGCCGCUCCGCGAAACGCUAUCGUCGUGACAGCCGCGAGCGCGAGCGCAGUCCGCGUCGGGAGCGGGAACGACGAGAGCGCACGCCGGCUGUUGACCAGGCACGGAAGGAAGAAAAGGCGGUGCAUUCUGGUAGUGAGGAGGGGGAGAUCGAGGAAGAAUAGGUUGUAGUAGAGGGGGUUGUAUUUCCUAGUUAUCUACCUAGUAAAAUGAAGGCAUUUGAUGUACACC